AGUUUUCUUCUUGCCUUCGAAGCUGCUUGCUAACGUUUUCUUCAAGCACGAACGAUUCCCGAGCCACCGAAUAAAGAUAUCCAUGAAGAAAUCAGUAGCAACAGCAAGUCUGUAUUGCUUUCUGGUAUCCGGUAUGGCGCUGCUGUUCUUUCGCAACUCGAGUCCAGGAACUCGGGAGCAAACCUCUCAAGAACUUUCACUGGGAAAGAACAGCAGCGUAGACGGCUGCAAAGGCAAGAGGGUCUUCGUCUACAAUCUCCCCAGUGAAUUCAACUCGCAGCUGCUCGAGCGAUGCAACUCGGGCAUUGUCAACUGGCUCAACUUCUGCGAUCACGUCUCCAACGACGGAUUUGGACAGCCAGUGCCACAGGAGUUCGAGCCGCUGCUGGGAAAAGGGUGGUACAAGACCGACUCAUACAUGCUCGAGGUGAUCUUCCACCGGAGAAUGGCGAGCUACGAGUGCCUCACAGACGAUCCAGCUCGAGCAAACGCGUUCUACGUCCCAUACUACGCCGGGCUGGACGCCUUGCACUACCUCUACAACCCCGGCGCCAACAAGAGCUUGCAUGGAGCCGGGGUGGCGGAGUGGCUCGAGAGGAACGCCGCGAGGAAGUUUUGGGAUGAAGAACAGGGCGGCGGCGGUCGAGACCACUUCAUGGUGAUGGGAAGAACAGCCUGGGACUUUGGAGCUGGAUCAAACCCGGACCUUGAUCGCUGGGGGACGCCGAUCCUCGCGUCUCCAAAGUUCUCGAGCAUGAGCGUGCUGUUCGUGGAGAAGAAUCCGUGGGAUCCUCGUCGCCGGCAACACGCGGUACCAUACCCGACUGCGUUCCAUCCGGGCUCUCGCGGCGAGCUGGGCGAUUGGAUCGCGAGAGUCCGGGGCUCGCGGAGGAGCUACUUGUUCGCGUUCGCGGGGGCUCCGCGGCCAUCGCAGGAGGCGAGCAUCCGGAGCUUACUGCUGGAUCAGUGCGUGGGCGAUGCGAGCGCGCGGUGCAAAUUCGUCGACUGUGGUGAGCGGCGCUGCGGACACGAUCCGGCGCCCAUCGCCGCGGCGUUUCUCAGCGCGGAUUUUUGCCUCCAGCCGCGCGGCGAUAGCGCCACUCGACGAUCCGUGUUUGAUGCCAUCGUCGCCGGGUGUAUCCCGGUGUUCUUCCACGAGGACUCGGCAUAUUCUCAGUACACGUGGCAUCUUCCGGACGAUCCGCGUGGCUACUCUGUGUUCGUCCGUGAGGAGGAGAUCAAGGGCGGGAAUGUGAGCAUCUCCGAGGUUCUUGGGAGGUUCCCGCGCGAGGAGGUGGCCGCAAUGAGAGCGCGCUUGCUGGAGAUGGCGCCCAGAUUGAUCUACGCGCGCGGGGGAGGGUCUGAUCGGCUGGAGGGUGAUGCGUUUGAUGUUGCGAUCCAGCGGGUUUUGGAGGAAGCAGCCCAUGGGUCGAUCGCUCGAGGCUGAAAUUGAUGAAUGGAAUCGAGAGAGUUUCUUUCUUCUUCCUCUCCUCUCGAAUUGAUGUGUUUGCCGCGAAUAAGAUGAUCGAGAAGCACGGCAGGAGUGGAAGCGUCCAUCGCGCGCUCGAGAUCUUUCGCGAGUUGGGAUCGCGGAGGGAUUCCUUCAGCUGGGAUCUGAUGCUCGUGGCGGCGCUUCGCAGCGAUCGACUCCAGUUGGCGCGGGAGCUCUUGGCAGCGAUGCCGAUCCUCACGCCCUGUUCGUGCUCCGCGAUGAUCACCGCAUUGGGUGAGUGUGGGCAUUUGCGAGAAGCCGAGCUCUUGUUUGAUCGGUUUCCGGGAAGGAAUCUUAUUGUCUGGACCGCACUGCUGGGUGCGUUUGCACGAAAUGGUGGCAUUAGCCAGGCAGGGGCUCUGUUUGAUUUGAUGCCAAUGCGAGAUUUAUAUGCAUGGAACACAAUGCUCAUUGCAAAUGCCAAAGCUGGGCAUCUUACAAAAUGUAGGGAGCUCUUUGAAGAGAUCCCAGAAAUUAGUAUUAUAUCUUGCACAAUAAUUAUUAGAGAGUUUACAGA